GUGCCACAGCGGCUCGCCGAGGUGCUCUUCACAUCGACCACCGCCACCUUGACGCCGCCGGUGGGAGAGGCGACCGGCCACGCUGAGGGUCGGCCGCAACAGCAACAACAGCCGCAUCGUGGGGUGCUGUAUAUGCAGACUGCCGCUGCGGAGGCGCUGCGGAACUUUGUCGUGAACAGCGUUGAGGACGCCGUUGUGGAUGCACUGGCUGCCACUAGUUUUCCUGCUAACAAUCCUGCACAACAACAACAACAAGAAGGGCAACAGCAGCAGGGCUUUGCCUUCCGUGACGGGCUGGUGACGCUCCUGCUAGCCACGUGGGAGACAGUGCAGCGGACGCGCCAAGACGCCCCGCCCGUGCCGCCGGCCGCCGAGGCAAAGGUGGGCACCGACGGGGACGACGACGACGACGGCGUCGCGGGUAAGGAUGUAGAGGCCGAUGCUAGCGGGAACAACAUGCAAAGCACAGCCUUCAUGGCCGCCGCACGCGCGUUGGAGGAGGUGCUGCAGCUUGUCUCUGUCUGUGUGGAGGGUAGUGAGCACAUUGCUGAGGCGUUCUCCGCCCCACCGGUGGUGCAAACGCUGCUGCUGAUGCUCGAAGCCACGACGCGCGUCGUGUGGGAGGCACUCCAGCACCCAUCGCAGCUGUACCUCCCCGCCGCAGGAGACGACAGUGGUAAUGCUAUGUGGCUGAGGCACUAUAAACGCCGCGAAGCGGAGUUGCUGGCGGCGGUGGCAGUUGCCGCGGGCGGGGUGCUGCACGUGCUGAGCGGUGACAACGACGCCCUCGCCACCCUGCUUCAGUCCGCGGAGGUGGUGGCCGCGCACCAGGAGUUUCUCAACAGCGCCCUUGACGCCGCGGCAAUCAUGACGUGGCUGCGAGAGGAGUCGUCAUCGUCCUCAGUGCCUCCUGCUGCUGUUAUUGCUGCUGCUGCUGGUGAGGAGGAUGCCGCGCUCUUGGCGGUGGCCAGGCAAAACAUUCUCUACGAGCUGUGUGAGGUCUCGCUGCACGUGCAGGGGGCGCUGGUGAACUCCGCGCCCAACCCCGUCAAUGCCGCACGUGUGCUGCCGCUCGUUGUGGCGGUGCUUGACGCCCACCCGCCACGCGGUGAGUGGCGGCGCACGGUGCCGCUGCUGCUGCAGGAGUGUCAGCUACAGGAGGAACUCCGCGCCGCGCUUAUCAACCGCGCCCUUCAGCGGCUGCGCUGCGACCAGGCGGCGGUGAGCGUGCUGCACGCUGUCGUGGACGCCGUUUGCAGCCACAACUCUCCCGACCUGGAUGACGAGGCGGCGUUUCAGCAGAACCCACAGGCGAAGCUGCUGUACAGCAGCAACGCCAUGUUCGUGGUGGGAAAGCUGAUGAAGGACGCACUACAACUUUCCACAAACAAUGAUGGCAGCAGUGGUAAUAAUAACGAGGAGGACGUCAUGGUGGAGCGGGCGCUGCGUGCGGCUGCAGGCACCACUGGCACUGGUGGUCUCAUCACGAAGCUGCAGCUGCUGGUGCUGUCGAACGAGGUGGGUGUGUGGAGCCUCGCCAACACGCUGCUGCUGAUGGUGCCCUGGUCGGGGCUCGGUGAGGCGCCGUCGCACAUCUGGCGCGCGAUCGUCGACGCACUCAGCACACGCGCGCAGCUCCUCGCCGACGCCGCGGCGGCGGAGGCUGGC